AUGACGUCCCUCGAAACCAACAUUCUGCCCGAGAAAAUUGCGUUUCUAGCUUUGAACGAUGUUGACAGCGUCACUUCUAUGACACAACUUUCCCAAUCAGAAUGGGCAACCACAUUCUGCCUGACCAUUCGUCACAGAGACAAGAGCGAAGAGCAAUAUUUUGUCAAGGUUUCUUACGGAGCACAGGGAAAAGAGGCGCUUGAGGGCGAGUUUGCCGCCACCUCCGCCAUACACUACCGCGCUCCGGACUUUUGUCCCAGACCGAUUGCUUGCGGUACCUACGAAAGUGACACCAAUUCGCACUUCUACAUUUGCGAAUUCCACAACCUGAGUGGACAUCUUCCUGCCCCUGGCAGCUUCUGCAAGGAGUUGGCUCAGUUGCAUUCCCGCAGAUCUCCUCGCGGCGAUUUCGGGUUUCAGUGUGUCACGUACAACGGUGACACCCCCCAGGACAACACUUGGUCGAAUAAUUGGGAACACUUCUUUUCCAAAAGCUUGCGUCAUUUACUGAAUGUGCGAGAGGAUAGAGCCGGACCUAGUGCUGAGCUCGAACAACUUUUGCCUGAACUUUUUGGGCGUGUGAUACCGAGACUGUUGCGUCCGUUGGAGACCGCCGGCCGAACUUUGAAGCCUUCGCUGGUACAUGGAGAUCUGUGGUACGGCAACGCCAGCAUCGACGAGGACACUGGAAAGGGUAUCGUAUACGACCCGGCCAGUUUCUGGGCGCACAAUGAAUACGAACUGGGAAAUUGGCGGCCGAAGCGAAAUAGAUUCACACAAGAAUACUUCGACGCAUAUCACUCUCUCAUUGCAAAAUCAGAUCCAAUCGAGGAUUAUGACGAUCGCAAUGCUCUUUAUGCCAUAAGAUUCAACUUACAAGCGGCUACACUUUUUCCUGGUGAAAGGACGUAUUUGAGGGAGUGA